AUGGUAGAAAUGAGUCAAAUGACAAUUUCCACCUUGAAAACUCCCACUUUUUACCUGCAUUGUUAUGUAGAUUUCACGUUGUUAAGGGAGUUUUUACACGUCGAUGAUUUAGCGGAUGCAGUUGUGUUUCUGUUAGAGAAUUAUAGUGAUUUGGAGCAUGCUAAUGUGGGGAAUGGGAAGGAAGUGAGUAUUAAGGAGUUGGCGGAGUUGGUGAAGGAUGUUCUGGGGCUUAAAUGGGAGUUGGUUCGAGAUAUGAGUAAGCCGGAUGGGACACCGAGGAAGCUUAUGGAUAAUUUGAAGAUUACACCAAAGAUUUCGCUCCGAGAUGGUCUUGUUGAUACGUACAAAUGGUAUGUGGAGAAUUAUGGAAAGCAAUAUUGCAGGUGACUUUUGUAUGUUUACAAGAUUAUGACAUUGUUGUUGUUAUUCAUGUUUUCGGAUUGUUCAAAGAUUAUAAUAAGCUUGAAUUAUUCUCUUUGUACUUAUUUCAGAUACUAUGUUUAUGUUAAUUAUUUUUGCCAAAGAUUCAA